CUGAAUUUGGAUGUGAUGAAGAUGAUGGGGCCCUUCUUCGCCGGGCUGCCCGUAGAUUACAUUAACACAAUCCCCAAAGACCAGCUGUGUCAAUUCUUCCAUUCGAACCAGUUCCCUUCCUCAUUCAGAGGGGUGCUCCCUCCACUACAGGCCAAUAAGAUACUCCAGAAGAUCAUAGAGUGUUCUCAGAAGAAAGAAGACUUUGUCCAGAACCUGGACAGGUGAGUGUAUGAACAUCCAUAUAUUUCAUUUGUUCUUAAAAGCUCCUCAACUUUACUGUCCCGUUCAGGGGACUUACUUUGGUUUGGGCUACUGAGAAAGAUCUGAUGUAAAAUUGCUAAAAUGCAAUUAAAUAGAUGUUUACCACGCACAGAGAUAUGUUAGGUGAUGUCAGAUAUAUUCUGCAGGUGUGCACACUAGCGAUUUAUAGCAUAGGAAACUAUUUGCCCUGUUGCUUGGCAGAGGUCUUAGGUAAAAUCAUUAUAACACACAAAUGUUUUAUUCAACUUCAAGUGGAUCACUGCUGUGACUGUGGAGGGAGGGAUCACCCUGUUAUGAAACGUGCACGGAAGCUCUACCACACAUUUCUUUGGUGAUAUUUUUUCUAAAUGAGUUUUUGUUCCACUUCAACUCUGUCCCAUGUCAUUUGACCCUUACUGUCAAGACUGGGCUCACUGGCAUGUUUCUAUAACGACGUCCCGACCCUAAACUCCUCCAUGAGUUCGCUCCUCCUCUCUCAGCUCAGCAACUGUAGCAACCCGAGAAAUGACAAGCUUAAGAAGGAGCUUGCCAAAACUGUGAUGUCAUCAUCAGAAGAGAAUUCCAGUCCUGAGCUGUUGCGCCUUCUGGGUUCUGGUGUCACGGUGCUGUCGCCCUUCCACCUCUCCCAGUUCUCCCCUAAUGCCCUCAAGGACAUCCUGAUUUCACUGGGGUCAGAGGUGAAGUGGAGUCUGACCCAAGCCAAAACACUGGUUGUGAAAGUACUGCAGGGGAAGCAGGAGCUCUCUGGUGAUGAAUUAAUGUCUCUGGGUUCUGCUGUGAGGGGCGUGGCCUCCUCUCUUCUGAAGAAUGUAAAACCCAAAGGGCUUCUGGAUGAUGAGCGACUGAACUGGAUGAGUCAACGGAUGUCUAUCAUGCAGCGGAAAGCACUGCUAGAUGGGUUGCAUGGAGAUGUGAAUGCCUCCGAGCUCGUCCAGAAAGUGCCUGCCUCCAUGCUGCCCAGCCUAUCCCUGAGCACCUUGGACGAGGCUGAUCUCACUUCUUUCGAUCAGUUGGAAGGAAAGCAGUGGACACGUGCACAAGCUGCCUUCCUGGUCAAUAAGAUCCUGGGCAAGAUGAUGACGCUUACAGACAUGCGUAAACUAGGCUCAGCGAUGCAGGGCAUCAGCUGCCAGAUGAUUGAAAAGUUGGCAGGAAGUGGUGUCAGGGUGUUGGCACAAACUGUAACAGAGGCUUCAAGCUGGCUCUCCAAGACACAGGCGUGCUGUACAGCACAGAGCCUGUUUUCUGGUUUGGAGAAAGUGAGGGUAGGCUACUUCAAAAACAUCACGAUAACAGAGCUGGAGGGGAUUCCCACCCAGCUGUUGGUUCACCUGCCGGACGACAAGAUAGCCAGUCUACCUGUCUCAGUAUGUCCUGUGUUCCUGGAGAGGAUGAUGGAGGCCGACCUGAGUUCGCUGCCUCUGAGCUCAAGCUCUCGUGCAGCCCUGACCGACAGAGCCCUGCGGUGCCUGGGCAGGAACAUGUCUCAGUUAUCCAGUGAAGAGGUGUUGAGUCUGGGACCACUUCUGUGUGAGCUGCCCCCCUCUCAGUUGUCCCUCCUGGCCCCUAAGAUCCUCAACAGCACCAUGCAUGCCCUAGCCUCCUGCACACAGAUACCUCAGCGCCACUGGAGACUGCUGUUCCAGCUCCUGAAUGAUACAUAUGGAGAACCAUCUGAUUGGACAGCUAACAUGAUGGAAUCUCUGGGUCCUCUCCUCCUAAUGAAUGACUCUGCUGUCCGCUCAUUGCGCUAUAAGUCAUGGCUGAAGAAAGCUCUGACAGACUUGAUGAACAGCCGGACCUGCCCUUCAUCCCCUCCACCUCCUUCAGAGUUCAGUAGCUGUCUGGACCUCUCCGCCCUGCGAUGGAAAAUUUUCUCUCUCUCUACAUCUGAUUCUGUGCCACUGUCAGCUGAAGUGCCUGCACGCAAAAAAAGAGCAGUUGUCCAUCAAUGGGUGGUGGCCCCUUCUGCAUCUCUAAUUGAGGAGCUGGGAGGAGCCAAUGUCCACUGGAGCCCCGCCCAGUUCUCCAUGAUGGACGUGGCCACAUUCACAUCUGCCGUAGAAACGUUGGGGGAGGUCCGUGACUACAGUACUGAGCAACUGGGCGUGCUCAGAGAAAAAGCACUUGAGGCCUGGGGUCCUGUGUCAGGUCUGAAUGAGAGCCAGGUGAUACGCCUGGGCUGCGUGUCUCAAGGGUUCAACCGCACUGAGCUGCCAAGCCUUCCCUUGUCCUCCAUCGACACUCUGGAGACACUUGCCCGCUGCUCAUGGACACAAACACAGAGGGAGGCUGUGUGGAGGUGUUUUGUGGAGCAUACUAAUAUGACAGCAGGAGACCUGGGAGCUGUGGAGUUGGUGGGACUUGACCAGUUCAUCUGUGGCCUGGACACUGAGGAGAUUGGCCAGCUCCACACUGCCAUUUUCAGAGAGGCGGUGCAGUCAAUCGGCCAGGUGCAGUGCCCUCUGGCAGUGACGGAGCAUCUGAAGCAGCUGGCUGUGUCUGUGUUUGGAGAACCACAGGGCUGGUCUGAGGCUCAGGUCAACAGCCUGGGCAACAUAAUGGCGGGUCUGAGUUUGUCAGAGUUUCGUACGCUCAGUCCCUCUGCCCUGUCGUUCCUCAGUCCAACGAGCAUCCCACUCAUUCCCCCAAACCGCCUUGCAGCACUCUCAGCCAAGCAGCUGGAGGGCCUGGGUCUUGAAAAUGCUGUCAUGGUAACAGAUGAGCAGAAGGCAAGUCUGGGGGAGGUGCAACGAGCCGCUCUUGGCUACGCUAUGGGUCUGAACCGAGCUGAAACCGCUCAGAAGCCAUCCAGCAACCUGCCCCAAAGCUCAGGAGCAUCUGUAAUGGGAACUCUAGGAGUCGGAGUCUUUUUGCAGCCUUUCCUGUUCCUGCUCCUAGGAUGUGUCCUGUAGUGGGGAGCUAAUAAACAUAACAUAGAAAUGCAUGAUUAGAACUCUAAAUGUAUUGACAUUGGUGUAUUACUAGCAGUUGUGUUCAUAGAGACGCAGUACGCAUGCCUAUACUCUGUUGAAUAACAGUAGAGAUGAGAACUGUGUGCUAAAAGACACUGAAUAGGAUCUUGCAAGUCCCAACAUGGUACACCAGUUGCAGGAAUUAAUUGUAUAUAUUUUGUAGGAUGUAACAUUAAACAAAAUGGGUAAUGUGGUAGACAUUAGGCAUUUGAUACAUGAAAGAAAAUGUAGAAGCACAUAAGAUAUUUUGUUCUAUUUGUGAAAUAUUUGACACUUAUCUGUCUAUAUUCUUAUUCUGAUAGUGGAUCUCUUCAGCGUAGCAUUGGAACAUGUUGUUUGUAUGUCAGUGUGUGUUAAGGGCGGUGUUCUGAGAAUUGGGAUAAGAAGACCAUGAAUGUUGGCAAGACUGUCACUCAAUAAAGACACAUUUACUGUC